AUGGCUCUACCUGCCUGGGGCCUCCUCAAAGGGAAAACCGCCGCCAUAACCGGCGGAACAACGGGCAUCGGGCGAGCCAUUGUUCUAGAAUUCCUCCGUCAAGGGUGUAAUGUCGCCGUCAAUCACCUUGGUCUGUCCAAAGAUGAAGCCCACCGACACAGCCUCCUCCAGGAGGCCCGCGCCAUGGGAAAAGAGGGAGCGCAAGUGGGCAGGAUACUGGAGCUUGCGGGCGACGUGACACGUCCCGAAACCAGCCAAAAUUUGAUCGAAGAGGCAGUCGCUCAAUGGGGUCAGCUGGAUGUCUUUGUUGCAAACGCGGGCGUGUUCAAGCAGGCAGAAUUGCUCAAAAUCGAGCCCGCUCUUCUGGACCACAGCAUCGACGUGAACGUCAAGGGAACGUUCUAUUCAUGUCAAGCGGCAGCUCGCCAAAUGGUCCGACAAGGGCGCGGUGGUUCCAUCAUCGCUAUCUCAUCGGUCAGUGCCCUUGUCGGAGGCGGCUUGCAGACACAUUACACGCCCACCAAAGCUGCGGUGCUGUCUAUGAUGCAGUCUAUGGCUAUUUCUCUUGGGAAGGAUCAGAUAAGAUGCAAUGCGUUGCUUCCCGGUACGAUCAACACGCAGCUGGCCGAUCAUGACAUGAAGAAUCCGACGAAGAAGGCGGCUCUUGAGGCUAGGAUCCCGCUGGGUCGGAUUGGCAGCCCGGAAGAUAUGGCAGGGCCGGCGGUCUUCUUGGCUUGCGAGCCGAUGAGUCGGUAUGUGAAUGCCUCUGGGUUGCUGGCGGAUGGAGGGAUGUUCAGUAAUCUGCAGUGA